AUGUAUGCUAUAUUUUAUGACCGGCAAUACUGGCAGAAUGCAAUGGCGGUGUCCGAUUCCCUACGAAAACUUAUCAGCAGAUCUCUGCCCCCGCUUGCGAUAGUUCCUCAUCCUCACCGCCUUCCUGGCGGUAGCAUCGAUAUGGAGAACGCCCCAACCUCCGAAGGGAAAGACCCCUCUGUCUUUUUGAGUGAGAUCAUCGGUGCGCCUGUGAUCGUGAAGCUAAAUUCCGGAGUGGUAUACAAGGGUGAAUUGCAAUCUGUUGAUGGCUACAUGAACAUUGCCCUCGAAAAGACGGAGGAAUAUGUGAAUGGAAAACUACGACGAAACUACGGGGAUGCUUUCGUCCGCGGAAAUAAUGUUGAUCCAAAAAUACACUAUUCGAUGUUAUCGAUUGGGCCCACCUAUGACAACCUGCAGGUGGAUAAGAAAGACACUCUUUGA